AUCUAUGAGGUUAUAGGGGACGGAGGGCGGGUCUAAACGUGCACCGGAAGGUUGUGGUUGAACUUUACCGGUGUGUAGCUAGAAUUACCGCCGGACACGCACAAACAGUCAACCAUGGGCAGUGUGUUGGCUGCCAGCUCCCCCCCUCCCCCAGGCAGUGGCGUUGUCCAGGGGGCCCCUGGGUUGGUGUCAGUCCCCCCAGGGUUCUCCAUGCCCCCCGUCCCUCCCCCCUCUGUCCCGGGACAGCCAGCGGUUGAGAUAGGAAGCCCCCUCCCCAACCCUGGUACCUAUGAGGAGUGUCAUCGCAAGUGCAAAGAGGUGUUCCCCAUCCAGAUGGAAGGAGUGCGACUGGUGGUCAACAAGGGCCUGAGUAAUCACUUCCAGGUCAGUCAUACAGUCACUCUCAGCACCUUGGCUGAAUCUGGCUACCGGUUUGGUGCCACCUACGUGGGCACUCAACAGACAGGACCUGCUGAGUCCUUCCCAGUCAUGGUGGGAGACAUGGACAACACCGGUAGUCUGAACGCCCAGGUUAUCCACCAGCUCACCAGCGCCGUGCGCUCUAAAAUAGCCAUCCAGACUCAGCAGCACAAGUUUGUGAACUGGCAGUGUGACAUGGAGUAUCGUGGUGAUGACUUCACCUCUGCUGUUACCCUGGGCAACCCAGACGUCCUCCUUGGCUCUGGUAUUAUCGUGGCUCACUACCUUCAGUCCAUCAGUCCAGCCCUGGCGUUGGGAGGAGAGCUGGUCUACCACCGGAGGCCUGGGGAGGAGGGAGCAGUCACCUCCCUAAUGGGCAGAUACACAGGCAAUAAUUAUGUUGCCACAUUGACUCUAGGAGGUGCUGGUGCUCAUGCAACAUACUACCACAGAGCCAAUGACCAGCUGCAGCUGGGGGUGGAGUUUGAGGGCAGCAUGCGGACGCAGGAGACCGCAGUAUCGUUUGGGUAUCAGCUGGACCUCCCUAAAGCCAACCUGCUCUUUAAAGGUUCGGUAGACAGUAACUGGGUGGUGGGGGCGGUCCUGGAGAAGAAGCUGCUGCCCCUGCCUCUCUCCUUGGCCCUGGGAGCCUUCCUUAACCAAAAGAAGAACAAGUUCCAGUGUGGCUUCAAUGUCACCGUUGGCUAGACCUCCUCCAGCCGCCUCGACACACUGGGCCAUGCUUGGACCAGCACAGAAACACACAGUCCUGGGCUUGUCAUGUAUCUACUGGAUUCAGACUCUCCUAUACUGUGAAUUGUGGGGCAGAGUGAGCGAGGGGGUUACUCUAUACCAUGGAGCUAGGCCUACAUAUUGUAGCACAAGUCUAUUUCCUUCUGGUAUAUAUAUAAUGUGAUACCCAACGAAUAGAGAGCAUCAGGUGAUGCAGUCUAACAUGUGAUUAGACUAAUAUUGUCGCUGUCUGAUAACUGCAUCUACAUUUUUGGCAAUUUCCAAACAAUACAGAAACUAUAGGAAAGGAAAAUAGGGCUAUAUUUUACUGUUAACGAAUAUACACUUCAGUAUUUUGAAUACAUUUUCUUGGUCCUAGAGUCAUGAAAUGUUCAGAGUACACUUACAGCUUUCAAUAUGUAAUAGAAAUGGGCAGAAAUGGAGUUGAAGUUCUCACCAGACCGUGACAAUAUAAUGAAAUUAUUUAGAAUCAUAAACAACUUUUGUAUCUUUGGUUUUUGAUGUUAAAGACCAUUAAGGACUG